AAACCAGUUCUUAAAAUGUGUGCAUACACACUAGAAAAACAAAUCAAAAAUCUAAAGCAGUGUAUAAUAAGCAGCAAAACCCACAUUCUCGUCCCCAAAUCGAAAACAUGAAUUUCCUAAAACCCCAAAACCUCGAACAAGCAUUCACAGAUAUCCAAUCCCGCUUCACCUCCGCCCUCUCAACCCUUCAAACCCAAGCCAAACAAGCCCUUGAAUCAACCUUCCCACCCAACAUCAAGCUACCAUCACUUCCCCAAGCCCCAAAUCCUACAUGGGCUCGAAUUUCCACCACCCCCACUUUACCCUCACCCUCAUCCUCCUCUUCUUCUUCCUUAUCUAUACAAGAAAUUGAAGAAAGAUUAGCCGGGGUCCCAGUCUACGCUCUCAGCAACCCUUCUGAUGAAUUCGUGUUGGUUUCGAGUGGGACUUCUGGGAAGUCUCUCGGGUUGUUUUGUUUUCGAGAGGAGGAUGUUCAUACCCUUUUGGAGCAGAUGAAGACUAUGGACCCGGGGAUGCGACAGGGCUCCAAAGUGGUUCCUGUUGCGCUUAAUAAAGUUUUUCAGCUUAAAGUUGAUGGGGUCGGGUUUAGGUUGAUACCGGACUCUACCCAGAUAACUAAUGCAAUUAAUGAAAGAGAAAAAGCUGGUGUCUCUGAUGGGAGCUUCUCCGGAGUUCCAGUUUUCCAGUCCAGGAGCUUAAUAUUGAAGAGCCAAAAAACGAGAUAUCGUCCUGUUUUCUUCAGAAAGGAGGAUUUGGAAAACUCUUUGCUUAAAGCUUCUCGCGAUCAGAGAAAAAUGAAUCCUGCUUUGAAGGAGGGAGAUAUACAGGUGGCUGUUUUUGAGGAUAUUCUUAUGGGAAUGAAGGAUAAUUCCAGUUCAGAGUGGGACGACGUGGUAUUCAUCCCUCCUGGUUUUGAUGUCACAUCGGAUUCAUCCCAGUGAAGGGUUUCAGAGGGAUUUUGUCAAUAAUGUCUAUUAGGAACCCUCACAGUCGUGUUAUAGUCUCUCCAAGUCUUGAUCAUAUACUGUUAGCUAGAAGUUUGGAUUGUAUCACAUUGUCCUCAGAGUCUGUUCACAACUCUUCAUAUCCUUAGAGAGGAUGUCAACUGUUAAUGGUGUACCUAAACAGGAUGUUAACAAGUCUUUAAUUUACGUUCCUAAACAGGCUCUCUAUUACUA